AUGCUUAAGAGAUACAGAUACGUUCGUCGACAGAAGAGAUUUCAGAAUACGGACCUAAAAGUCUUGUUGGCGAGAAGUUGUGUUUUACACCGAAUUAUUCUAUUCGGUGUGUAUUACAGGUACGCUAAAACUGUGAACAGCAUAUUCAACGAGGUGCUCUUCGUCCAAUUUUUUUGCAGUAUAUUGGUAUUGUGUACAAGCGUGUAUUAUAUGUCGAAGCAUAUCACAGAUUCCGAGGUUAUAGGUAUUACAGUGUACACCUCUUGUAUGUUCGUGCAGAUCUUUAUUUAUUGUUGGUCCGGAAACGAAGUUAUGCUCAAGAGCAUGAACUUGGCGGACGCCGUGUAUCACGUAGACUGGUCUUCACUCUCGAUCAGCGAGCGCAAAGAUUUGCUGAUGAUCAUGAGACGCAGUGCGGUGCCUAUAAAGUUCACCAGCUUCUUGAUAACACUAUCUCUCCAAUCCUACGGCAAAAUUCUAAAAACGUCGUAUUCGGCAUUUAGCGUGCUACAACAAUCCUGAGACGUCCACUGAGUAUUUGUUCGUCUUUCUAUCUUAUAUAGUGGGCUAUUUAUUAAAGGCUUGUGAAAGUUCGUCGGAUUAUCUAUUUCAGCGUUUCAAAAGAAAAGUCACCUUAGAGACAUUGAAUCAGACAAUUUUGAAACAUAAACGAAAAGUGAUAAAGAAAAUAAAACUUGGAAACUGUGGCGAAAAGUGUUGAAUGGUAAAUACUUUGAUUAAACAUGGCAUGUACUGUUUUGUUACUAUUAAUAAAAGAUUUUGUGGAUGAGUAUUCAACGUACUUUUGCAAGCCCUUAAUACGCCCAGAAUCACAAC